UUUUACAUAAUUUGUUGUUUGUGUGUUAUUUGAAUAAAGUUUUGUAACUAUUUUUACCGGUAGUACAUUUCUGCAGCGACUUUUGGUUGCAACUUAUUUAAUUUUUCCAAAAAUCGAAAUUAUUUUUGACGCGAAAAUGUGAGGUUAAAACUGUGGUGUUUAUCUAAUAGUCUAGAGACGAUUUAGCUUAUCAAAAUGUCAACUUUGGAGUAUUCUGAAUCUCUUCGAGUUCGGGGAAGAUCUUCAUGGAAAAACGUCCACAACUGUAAACAAUGCCCCUAUUUUACAACGUCACUUUUCUUAAUGGUGAACCACGUGCGACGACAUCGUUCACCCGUGGAAAAAUUCACAUGCUACAAUUCCAAAAUCGAAGUCUAUUACUGCAAAGAUUGCGAUUUUCAAACUGAACUAAUGAUUCUGUUCAAACAACACAUUGAUAAAAAUCACGGACUUAAGAAAGAAUCAAGUUGGGAUUUUGUUGUCGAAAACUUCGUUUGCGAAAAAUGCGACUUCCAAACAAAUUUCGUGUUAAAGUGGCUUCAGCAUUCUUCAGCGUGUACAGGAAAGGAAGAGGACAUAUAUGACAGUGAAUGGCACCAGUGUAAUGAGUGUCCAUUUAAAACUAAGCAUAAAAAUCCUUUAACGAGGCACGUUAUUGUAAACCAUCUAGAGAAAGCAAAAAUCAAGCGGUACAAAUGCAAACACUGUCCGUAUAAAAGUAAAAAUAAAGCAAGUUUAAAAAUCCACGUGAGUAAUAUACAUUUAAAAGAUGGCAAAUGCUACACAUGUGAUAAGUGUCCAUUUAAAACCCGAUGGGAACGGAGUUUUAAACUACAUACAAAUUUGUUGCACGCGACAGAAGAAAACAUCAAAUUGUACGAAUGCAGUGAGUGUCCACACAGAACUAGGUAUAAAGAUAAUUUAAGGAAACACGUACUUGCACUACAUCAAGACGAAAAAAAAGUUAAAUGGUACGCUUGUGACAGUUGUCCAUUUAGAAGUAAACGCCAGGCAAACUUAAGAAAUCAUGUAGAAGCUAAACAUUCGGAUGAAAAUAAACGCUACGAAUGCGACAAAUGUCCCUACAAGACUAGAUUGAGUCGAAAUUUAAAGAGACAUAUAAUUCUUAUUCAUUCAGAAAAUCCAGAAUGGUAUGAAUGUGCCAAGUGCUCAUAUAAAAGUAAAACAAAGCACUCUUUAAAACUGCACGUACAGGCCCAUUUGCAGGUCAAACCGUAUCAGUGCAAAUAUUGUCCGUAUGCGUCGAUACACAACGGUGAUUUAAAGCGUCAUAUGGAUUGCCGCCACAUAAAUCAGAUCCAUUCAGACGAUGAAAGUGCCAAGUGGUACAAAUGUGGAAAGUGUCCUUUUCAAACUAGAGGAAAAUAUGAUCUCAAACGACACAUUAACAAAGUACAUGAAGAAGACGUCGAGUGGUACGAAUGUAAAGAGUGUCCAUAUAAAACUAAAAACCGGUGGACUUUGAAACGUCAUGUAAUUUGUAGACAUUUGAAGGAAGAACAAGUCACGUGGUACGAGUGCGAAUAUUGUCCAUAUAAGACUAAAUUCAACAAUUCUUUAAAGUCUCAUAUAAAAAGACGCCAUUUGAACGAUACAAAAGCUAAAUGGUACAAAUGCAAACAUUGUCCUUACAAAUGUAAAAAUCGAUCCACUUUCUACAAACACAAAAGGGAAGGACACGUGUAAAGUUUUAUUUUAAUUGUAGUCUUAAAAUAUUUGUAUCACAACUGUUUGUAUUUUGCUUUCAUUAAAAUUUAAAAGACAGACUGAUUGAUUUGUUUGAAAGUUAUAUUUUUCGAAGUUUCUAUACCGCUCAAUUUUUUGAGAAUUUUUAGACGACUUUUCUCUGAAAAUGUGAAAAGUGUCCAUACAAAACUAGAUAUAAGUGGUAUUUUAAAAAGCAUACAAUUCCCGACAUUUGAACACAAACAAAAAUAAAUGCCAUGUAUGUGGAAAAUGUCGCUGCAGAAGUAAACUUAUUUCAGUAUUCAGUAUUAAACAAUCACAGAAAUGUUCAUCAUCCAGAAAAAUCAAAACGCAGUUGUAAACACAUAAAUAAACGACAAAUAGAAUUUAAUUUAGUUUAAGUUUGGUGUAGUAUUAAGCUGAUUGUGUAUAAGUACGGCUCUCGCUUUGAUUCUAGCUUUAAAGUAUUUGU